AUGGCGACUGGUUCCUCCAACGCGUUCACAGGCAAAGUCAUUGCUGUUACUGGCGCGGCAAGCGGCAUUGGUCGAGCUGUGGCUCUGUGCCUAGGAGAACGCGGUGCCUCCUUAGCUCUUUCCGACGUGCAAAAGGAUAAGCUCGAAAAGGUAGCAGCAGAAAUAGUUGCUGAAUUCCCUCAGUCUAAGGUGGUCGCGAGCGUUGUGGAUGUCCGAAACAGCAACGAAGUCAAAGAGUGGAUUUCCAGCACAAUCGAAACGUUCGGUCACCUAGACGGCGCAGCUAACAUUGCUGGCACUGGUGGCAAUUACUCUCCUACACCUCUUGAGACCCAGGAGGACAAGGACUGGGAUUUCGUGGUGUCGGUCAAUCUCACGGGAGUCAUGAUCUGCAUGAGGGAGGAGUUAAAAGUCCUCACUAAUGGUGGAUCAAUUGUGAACGCGUCAAGCGUCUUGGGCCUUCAUGGUGGCUUUUCCACCGGUUUGAGCGCAUACACCGCAAGCAAACAUGGCGUAAUGGGCUUGACGAAGAUGGCGGCGAGAGAAUACGGUCAUAAGAAUAUUCGUAUCAACUCAAUUAACCCGUAA